AUGCAAUUAGCCUCAGACCCUCUAAAUAGGAUAGGAAACACUGACCUUUACUUAGACGGUUCUAGAUUAGAUAAUCAGCAUGUAGGCGCUGCAGUAGCUUAUAAGCCAUUUAUUAGUCUCUGGAGAUCGCGUCUAGCUUUUCUAGGCGCAGGCUUCGAAGUCUUUGAUGCAGAACUAAUAGGAGUAGUCGAAACCCUAGAGCUCCAGUAUACCCGGCCUGGCCCAGGGCAAGCCCUAGCGCUGCGGGCACACGACCUAGCCGGGGAACUACAGGCUACUGGCCGCAGGGUUACCAUAUGCUGGGUGCCAGGCCAUAAAGGGGUCCUAGGCAACGAGGAGGCUGAUAAGGCCGCUAAGAAAGCUGUAGGGAGGCCCUGUACAGGCAAGUACUUAGGCAUCUCACUAGCCUAUGCCCGGCGGGCAUGCACCGAGACUUAUAGCGCUAUCAAGGCCAACUGGCUUACUGUAGGCCAGGCCUACCAACCCCCCCGGGGAUGGAAGCUUGACCCAAUAGUGGCAAGCACCCCCAAGCACCUGGCGCGGCGGUAUUACCAAUUCAAGACCGGCCACACCCCAAUCGGGGCCUAUCUGCACCGAAUCAAGGCCCGAGACUCCCCUAAUUGCUUGGGGUGCUCUAGGGGGACUGAGACGGUAAGACACCUUCUUACAAACUGUCGACAGUGGUGCCACCAGCGGGAAAAACUAUAUGCCGGCUUGGCCGAAGCGGGGGUAAAGGCCCCGCAGGAUAGCGAGCAGUGCCCCGAAGCACGCCUAUUCCAGGACCCAAAGGCCACUACAGCGCUGCUGGCGUUUAUAGGGGCCAUUAGGGAGCGAGAGGAUAACCAACAGGCCUGGGAGCAGGCCUAUAAGACUGAUAAUUGGGGCAUUGAGGCCCUGGAUGAGGGAGAGCGAGAGGGGGAAGGAUAG